AUGCUGAAGUACCUGCUGAACGACGCGCAGCGCGAGUUCGGGAAUCGCUUUGUUUAUGAUGAAUUUCAUCGACACACGGAUGCGGACCAUGUGGCGGCCUCUAUUUUUUACCGUUCGUGGUAUGACUACGUCCUGCAGCUUUUCUCUGGCGUUACGACACGAGAAAUGUCCGAGGACGAAAAACGCUGGCUGACGGAGGAGCAGCGGGAGAAGCUAGAGCAGCUGAAAAUGGCUUUUCGACACUUCCUCACCUCACAGGAUCGAGGUCAUAUGUCAUAG